AUGCUCAGUGUCGUUACAUUGACUGACGUAUUCGGAGGCAAUGGUGAGGAUCGUACUCUAACGACCAGCAAGAAGAAAGCAGCAAUAAGUUUCGCCUUGAAUCAGUGGUUCAAUGAACGCAAAUUUUUCACCUGGCCGAACAAGUGCAACCCGACUUGCUGUUCCUUCAAAGCGAUGAUGUAUGACAAAGGGAGGUUUGUUGGAUGUUCCAUCGCCCAAUGUGAUAAUUUGGACAAUGGAGGAUUGUUCAUGCCGAGAGCAAUCCAGAUCGUGUGCGGUUUCGAACCAAUGACAUUCAGCACCCAGCCGUACGAAGGAGGUGAUCUGGACUGUCCACAUGACUACCCUGUUCGAAGGGAAGAUGGCCUUUGCGCAGCAGCAUAA